UUCAAUGGGUAAAAGGGUCCUUAAUCUCUGCCUUUUCUCUGUCCUCUUCUUCUCUUUGGUCUUCAUCACCAUCUCUCUCAGUCCCAUCCAUGAAAGUAACCAUCAAAUGGAUCCUCAUUAUGCCUCUUCCUGGCCCUCAAGGAUGCUCUCUGAGUCAUCACAUUGCGAAGCCAUGGCCUCAAAGAAUGAUUGCUUGAAGAGUUUGAAGUGUCGAUGGUGUCGGGGCGAAGGCAUCGAUGAUAUGUGCUUCAGUUCCAAUGAAGCAUGGAGGCUACCCAAACAGGUUUUCACUUGUGGGGUGGCCCCUUUGCAUCUCAUCAAGUCCGAGGAGGGCCUCCUAGGCCAGCACCUGAUGCCUCAGUCAAGGCUCUUGAGUUGGUUCUCCAUGGCCCAAGGUUGGAAACUGCCGUGGCACCAUGGGCAAACAGUUUUUCCUAAGGGGGGAAAGGAUUGGAGGGUGUUCUAACCUCCCAAACACUCUCUAAACGUACUUUUUUUUGCCAAAUCCUGAGGGUUAAGGAAGUUUAGGAUUUCUAAACCUACUUUUGAGAGUGAAUUUGUUAGAUAUUGAAAUAUGAAGUCUUUAGAACUUUUCUGAUAUAGAAACAUCCAAUGCCUUUGAGAAAUUUUCUGAAAUCCAUUCUUGUUUAUACAAUUUGUUACUACCAAAAAAGUUAGAUUUCCUGAAGUCCAAUUGUUACUAACAAUUGUGAAAUGUGAUUGAAAUUUCAAAGGUCAAUUUGAUCAAUGGAUUGUAGAUGUAUGGUUCCCCAUGCCAUCUAGGCACUGCAUUGCAAAUUUUUAAAACAUUAGCAACUAGUGUAACCGGCCGUUUGAUGGGAGUCACGGACUCUGUUUGAUAGACAUUAUUUUCUUAUU